AUGGCUAUCCUCAACGCACCAAAUUUGGUGCUAUUGAGCGUCUGGAUCCAGUACCCGAACGAUGCAGCUAUGGGUGGCUAUGUUCGCAUCCCAGGGGCUUUCAGUUUCACCCCAGGCAAGCUUAUUCCACCAAUAAAGGUCCUGGUACUGCACGCAUACGCUGUUGGCCUGGGACGCCUUGACGACUUGGAGCAUAGAAUCCAGAUUCACGCUCUUCGAGAACUCACCUCAACACCUGGCCCGCGGUUGAACCUCCCCAACUUUCUGGCGACGUUGAUGAGAAGCGCCGAACUUCGCUUGGAAUUCCUUGACAUACACUGGAUGUACCCCGGCCUUUUGAAUCUACCGACGCGCGGUUGGCCCGCAGUCUUCGAAGCUUUUCUUCUGCAUUUCAAAGGCUUGAAGAAGCUGGCAUUGAAAGGUGCGAUCAUACUGCCGCUGCUCUAUCUGGCGCGCAGUAUUAGCUGGCAUGGUGAGACACUGGAAGUACUGACGCUGCACUACUCCGACGCUGUCCGUAGGCCGCCAUCCCGCCUCAUUCGGCGACAGCGAGCUACUACCGUCAGGGACAUCGAAAAUCUCUGUGAGAUGUGCCCACGCCUUCGAACACUAACAUUAGGUCUUCACUUUGGCGAUGACUUGGCAAUCCAGCGAAGCUUCCAGCAUUUUCAGGCGCUUGAAGAGCUCAGUAUCUACAGCCCACUCUGCAGCGGAUUUAUGUGCCUCAUUGAGCCUCGUGUAGACCUCAGAUACGUCUAUGCACCUGCAGCUCAACUUCGCUCGCCUCGUCUCCGGGCAGUGAGUCUCAAUGUUGGGGUGGAGGGGACCUCUAUCAUGCCUGACUUCGGCAGUAGUGUCAUGCGUCACGCCAACGAUGACAUCAAGUGGGAGAACGAGCAUCGCCUGGGAAUCGAUUCACCACGGGGAGGGAGUCCGGAUGGAGGAUGGACUAGAGAUGACGACUACGAAUCUGCCCAUGAGGCAAACGACGGACAUGUGGCGUUAGAACAUGGAUAUUUGGCGUCAAUGAGUAUCCUUCUUCUCACGGGGCACCAGCAGACAAGCUGCCACAAAAAGUGGUUGCCUUGGUAUUGGCGCUUCUAA